ACGAAAACGAACGACUAAUUUUUGUUUUUAACUGUAAAUAAUAGCCAUAAUUAAUUUAUUAGAACAAAAUUUGUAUUAAUUUUAGGAAAAUAAAAUUAAAAAAUAAAAUAUUAAUUGAAAAAUAGAAAGUUUUUGUGCUUUGUGUGUUAACAUUCCAAAAGGAAAAAUGUGGUGAUGCAAGGAUAAUAAAUUUUUUCAAAGUACUUGUAGAUUUCAUAACUAAACUACAGGCAUAUAUGUCUGUUUAUUCCAACAUUUUGCAAUAAUAUUCUUGAAAGACAGAGGGGCUUUGAAAUCUAGUCGCUAUAACCAAUAAACACGCUCCUGCUGUUUAAAAAAAGAGGAAAAAAUAUCAUUUGAAACUAAAUAAAUGGCGCCAACAAGAAGUGGAAGAAGUUCUGUUGUGAAUACAUCUUCCUUACCACAACUAGCAAGGAAAACCAUUACUUCCGGUGUUGCAUUUGUUCCUAAAGCACAAAAUUCUCAAGAAAACCUAGAUCAAAUUACAACUCGCUCUAAGAGGAGGGCUGAUUUAAGCCCAUUGAAAAAUGAUAAAAUUAAACGGUCUGCAUUGGGAAAUUUAACUAAUAAUGUUAUUAAUUUACACUUGGAUGAUGAUAAAACUCACAAGAAAUCAAAAGCAUCUGCAUCACAGGAUUCUGGAAAAACAACAAUAAUCGAAAAUGAUAACAAAGCUCUAGGUGUUAUUCUUAAAACCAAGAGCGAAAAUGCAAUCUUAACUCAUACACAACAACAACAGCAAGUGAAGAAAACCGGAAUAGUAUUACGAAGUAACAAAGUUGUUACUAGAGCUGCCAAAAUAAAAGAAAAUACUAUUACUUCUACUAGUAGUAAAUCGUCUGUUGUACCACUUUCAGCCAUACAUAACCAAUUGAAGAAACAAUCAGAUUACAAUACUAAAGCCAAAGAAUGUUUCGAAUAUGCUCAAAAGCAACAGCAGCAAGAGCAUCAUAAAAAAGGGCAACAUGUAAAAGAAAUUUCGGUAAAAAGUUCUGUUCAUUUGGAAGAUCAAAAGCAGCACAAUCAGAAACAACCACAGUAUUUAAAAAAUGUCAACAUUCCACCGCCAAAAUAUGCACCUAGCAGAAGAGUUUCUUUAGAUGCAAAAACACGAAGAAUAUCAAAUGAAUUUGAAAAGACUGAAGAUACGUUGUAUAUGUCGGCUUUAGAAGAAUUCCCGUUAUCGGGAGAAUCUGUGUCACGGUUAUCAUUAGAAUCCAAACGAAAAUCUUUAAUUGACAAACAAAUUGAUAAUGAUAAAAAAAGUAAAAAUCGUAUUUUAACACCCUCUCCAUUAAAACAAGCAGAACAUGAGGUACCCGAAGGAGUAAUAGAUUUCGAUAAAGAAAAUUGGGACGAUCCAUUUGCAGUGUCUCAUUAUGCAAUGGAUAUUUUCAACUAUAUGAAAAGAAGAGAAGCAUUCUUUCCAAUUGAUGAUUACAUGGAAAGGCAAACACAUAUAACUAAGUGGAUGCGUUCAUUGCUCGUUGACUGGAUGGUUGAAGUACAAGAGACGUUCGAACUAAACCAUGAAACUGUCUAUCUAGCUGUAAAAUUAGUUGAUCUCUAUUUAACCAAAGUAAUCGUUCAGAAAGAUAAGUUACAACUAUUAGGGGCAGCAUCAUUAUUCAUUGCAAGUAAAUUUGAUGAGAGAACCCCGCCACUUGUUGAUGAUUUCUUAUAUAUUUGCGAUGGAGCGUAUUUGCAUAAAGAACUGAUUAGAAUGGAGAUGAGUGUCUUAAAAACAAUUGAUUUUGAUUUAAGUAUACCACUGUCAUAUAGAUUCCUCAGACGAUAUGCAAGAACUUCCAAAAUAGCAAUGCCUACCUUAACUUUAGCUAGAUACAUUUUAGAGUUCUCAUUAAUGGACUACACAACCGUUAGCUUAAGUGAUUCGCAAUUAGCAUGUGCCGCUCUAUUUAUGGCAUUGAAAAUGAAAAAUAGUGAAUGUAAAGAAUCACCAUGGACAAAAACAUUGGAAUAUUAUUCAGGCUAUAAAGUCGCAGAUUUUGGUUACAUAAUACCAAUUUUAAAUGCUGGCUUGAACCGUAAACCUAAGGAUGCAAUAAAAACUAUUCGUAAUAAAUAUUCACAUAAGAUAUUCUUUGAAGUUUCUAAAAUUCCAUUACUUACAAAUGAGAAACUAUUUGAAAAUACAGGAUUACUUGGUGAAGAGCAAAAUAUCAGCGAAAUUGAUAAUUUAAAAUUGUAGAGGUUCAUAUUGAUGUAUUCAGAAAAUUUUAAAUUAUUUGAAAAACGACACGCUUUAAAAAUUAAAUAAUAAAAUAAAAAUUUGAAAUGCAAGACGGAAUUAAAAUGAUAGUAUUAAGAAUUUUAAUGAUUAAGUACAUACAAACAUUGAUGCAAAAAAAAAAAAAAUUGAAAUGAAAACAAAAACAAAUUAGUCCU